AUGGAUAAAAAUGUUGAUUCCUAAUUCACUUCUACUUUUUGGAGAUAAAUUCAUGAGGAAUACUUCAUGAUAGAAGCACCUGUUUCUUUGAAUAAUGUGAUAAAACAAUCUAAACAAAGUAAACUGUUAAUUCCUAAUUUUAGUUCCCAAUAAUGCUAACUAGUAAACAAAAGAAUUGAUACAAAAAGUCUUAAAAUUAUCAAAGAAGAAAAAAAGCAAGAUUUAAUAGUUAAAUGAAUCCAAUCUAAUGCAUCGUUUGCAUUUGAUAUUAAUGUAAAGAGAAAAAUCAUCCGAGCCAAUCAAAUAAUUGAUUGAAGAGAUGGUUGAUGUAGUUUGUGAAGAUAAACUUGUUGAUGAAUUAGAGAGAUGCUAAAGAUUGAUUCAAAAAAUCCACCUGAUGCCAGAAGAAAGACAAAUUGACAUUUAUAAUUAAGAAGAAUAAAAAUUAUAAAGUUUGCAUUUCUAAAUAGAUUGGCCAGAUUAAAUAAGUUAAGUGAUUAUGGAAUUAGAAAAUGAUUUGGGUUAAGUACAAUAAAAAAAUACUUAAAGUAUUGAAAGGUAUUUAUCUUUUUAUUCUUCCAGAUUGUAAACACACAUCUCUGAAAUUAAUAAAUCAUUAAGAUAUCAAUACAGUAUUUAGAAAACUGGAGAAUAUACCCUAAAAAUUUAUAGAAAUCACGUUUAACAUCAUCAAGAAGAAUUAGAUUAACUUUAUAAUUUGAUUUAAAUGUAUGAAGACUACUAAGUUGCCGAAAGUAUAGGAAAGGUUAGCUAUAAUUAAUAAGGUAUUAACUGAGUUUAUUCUUAAUAGAUAAUUUGGUUACUGUUAGUUUAGACAGGUAUCUAAGUCCGAAUCCUAUACAGCUAAGCUUAUAGUAAUUUGAAUCUCUUUAAAGAUUGAGAGAAGUUCGCAUAAAUAUAACAGAAUAGGGCCAAGAAUUACGAUAGAAUGAAUAAAAUGAAGAUCUUUAGAUGUGUCACUAUUGUAGAUAAUUGAUUGAGAAAAGUAACUAAAAAUAAUGCACCUAUAAUCAUGUUGAUAUGAAUUUACAUUAAUACAACGAUGAUUUACUGAACUAAUAAAGAUAUUGCAUAUCAAAUCAGAAUAUGUAAAAGUUUUAUCAAGACUUGUAUUCUGCAAAUUAUAUAAUUGAAAGUAUUUAAAUAUUAUGAUUGGUAGAUGAUUAAAUAUAAUGCUAAAAGUAUUUUUGUCAUAAUUGCUUAAGAUGUGAAUUUGAUGACUAUGAUAUUUCAGAUAAAGAUUGGAUUUGCCCAUUAUGCAAAGUAUUCAUAUUUCCUAAAUUAGGGUUUGUGUUUCUGUAUCAGAUGUUAGAGAAACGAUGUUAUUUAUAAAUUGAAGAGAAAUUUACUAGAAAUAAAUGGAAAUUUAGAUUUGCUUUAUGAUUAGUCUCUUUUUGAAAAAUUAGUUAGCCAAAAAAGGAAAUUAAUUUAAGAUAUCCCUCUAGAUUUUAUAAAUAACUUCAAAGUGACUUCAGAAACUGAAGAAAUAGUUACAUCAAAGGCUUCUAAAAAAAAGAUUAAAAUAAACAUCACAAAACAGAUUAAAAAGAAAAAGAAUUCUGAAACAAUCUUGGUUCUGCCUAAUUAUAUCAAUAAUAAUAUAGAUAGUUCAUCAUAAUCAACGAAGAUCAAAAAAAAAAAUAAAUUUAGAAGAUUAAUUCCUAAUGAUACAAUAACUGAACUAUUAUAUGAAUAUAUUUCUUGA